AUGCUUGAUUGCUUUCUGCUACAUUUUUCUCAUUUUUUACAUUUAUUUUCUAAUAAAAACCGACACCGUUGUCUAUCGCAUAAGUGUUCCCAGUCAACUAGAACUGAUAAUUUUUCACACUACAAAUACAGCUUUGUUAAUUAUCUCAAUAUGCAGUGGAUGCUGCUGUUAAAAGGCAAAUCACAGCUGCAUAGGAUUUCCAAGGCUCCAGAUACUGAAAACGAAGCCCCGUAUUUUAAACAGAACGUCAAAAGAAUGAUACAUUUCAGGGGUUUCCUGAAAUGCUUAAUUGCUUUUUGCUACUCUGUUCUCGUUUUAUACAUUUAUAUGCUAAUCAAAGCUGGCUCUGCUUACUACAGCUAUAAUGUGUCCAGUCAACUAGAAAUCAUAAUUUUUCACACUACGAAUUCAGCUUUGUUAAUUAUCUCAAUAUGCAGUGGAUGGUUUUAUUACCAUCUCUAUAAAAUUGUUAAAAAUUUGGAAAUAGGUAACGCGAACAAAGCAAAAUUUUUAUUAUAUCAAUUUGGCCCAAUUCAUACGGUUCUGUUGAUUCACAGCUUCGCCCAUUUUAUUGGGUCCAUUUUGCUCAAACUAUCGAUAAUUACAGAUAUGACUGAAAUCGAAUGUUAUCUAGCCAUAAUUUUUUUGCCAAUCAUUCCUGCUUACACGAAAACUGUUAAUGUUGGAUUACUGUUUUCAAAGGAUGUGCAAUCGGUUAAUCGAGCUGUCGGCUAUCGAACGUCGGCUGCCGCGGUGUUGGUGGCCAGGGAUAGGGUUCGAGCGGAACAUUUGUUGGAUGAAUACGAUUUUAACUUCACAAUAAAAUUCGACGAAUGCUCGGAAAGUCUCGCCGCUGGAAAAGUGGUCGAACUAAUCAAUCAAGACGAUGUGGAUGUGAUAAUUGGUCCAACUUGUAAUCGUGCUGGUGUCGCGACCGCUUCACUAGCCGCCUAUUAUAAUGUACCAGUGUUCCAAUGGGGACUAACGACAACAGCAGACAUCGGUAAUUUCACACGAUAUCCAACAACAUCUACUUUGUCACUGGAUACUCAUAGCAUGGCCAACGCGAUGCGAGACGUACUGCAGCGAUUCGAUUGGGAAGAAUUUGUGUUCAUUUACUCGAAUGACGGUGACGAUGAAAAAUGUGCGUCGAUGAAGGACGACAUGGAAAAGAUGUCAGUGGAAACGAAAGAUGUCACUUUAGCGUACAUGUAUCAAAUCCAAACGGUUACUAUGGAAUCGCUGAAGAAGGCUUUGACGGAGGUGGCAAAGCGGGGGAGGAUUAUCGCCAACUGUUUUGCUAGUGGCAAAGGAUUCAAAAAGGCUUUUGUUUCGGCUACAGUGCUUGCUGGAAUGUCUACCGAUGAGUAUGUGUACAUCUUUGCAGAGCCAAAGUCAAGAGGAUUUUAUGUCGAUGAGGAAGACGGUAGUCGUCAUUAUUCAUGGGACGACACUGAUGGCUCAUUCGUCACAGGGCUGAGCAAUGAGCAAAUCCGUGAAGCCUACAGCCGAGUUUUGUUCAUUUGCGAUAACAUGGGGGAGCCAGUGACUAUAACCGAGCAGUUCCAGAAUUUCUCGAAUCAAGUCAUCAAAAGAAUGUCUGAAGCUCCAUUUAACUGUAUUGAAGACUGUGCGAAUUCGACAUUUAAAGUUUCUGCCACAUAUUCCGGACAACUUUUUGAUGCAUUUUAUGCUUAUGCUGUUGCUCUAAACAAGUCGUUAACUAAGAAUCCAGGAAUCACAGAUUUAAAAAAUGGGUCCAUGAUUUCUGGACAAAUCGCCAUGACUUUUAAAGGAGUCGGUGGAAACGAUAUCAGUUUGGAUGAUACUGGCUCUCGAAUUGUGAGAGUUUUUAUGUUCGCAAUGAAUUCUUCCUUGCUACCGUACCUGGCCGCAGACAUGCUUGUCAGUGUGGAUAAUGUGGAGUACACCUCCUACUACACCAGUGAAUCCGAAUUGUGGAAGGGUGGUCCUCGACCAUUAUCCCGCCCAAUUUGUGGAUUUUCCGGGACCGAGUGCCCGCCAGAUUUUGUGAGGGACUAUUUGACUUAUGUUAUCAUCGCGGUAGUGAUAGUUUCCGUUGCAAUUUUUGCUGGAUGUGCAGGACUGUGCUACACUGUUCAUAUAAAACGACUUGAAAUGCAACGACAAGACCUUCUAUGGCAAGUAUCCUUCCUAGAAUUGACCCAAAUCCAGUCCAAAUCCAAAGCGGAUGCCAGCCAACACUCCUUCGCCAGUGGCCCGUCAACAGCCACAAAGAUUACUGUAGAAAGUCGUUCGGAGACCACAAAUUUCAUAUUCUACUUUUACAAACAAGAAAUUCUUGCUGGUAUGAAACACGAAUUAAUGCAAAUUUUCGAUCAAGACCAGAAAUCGGAAUUCCGUCAAAUCAGAAACUUUGACAACGAUAAUCUCAACAAAUUCAUUGGUCUUUGUCUAGAUGGUCCACAAUUGCUAUCACUUUGGAGAUUCUGUUCAAGAGGAUCGUUAUCAGAUGUUAUCAGUAAAUCUUCAAUGCAAAUGGACAGUUUUUUCAUGUUCUCACUGAUCAGAGACAUCUCAAAUGGGUUGAGCUUCAUUCAUAACUCAUUUCUUGGAUUUCAUGGGCAUUUAACAUCCCGGUGUUGUCUAAUUGAUGAUCGAUGGCAAAUCAAGAUAUCUGGUUAUGGAUUGAAAUCAAUUCGAAGUUUUGAAAAACCAAAUCCGAAGGAUUUAUUGUGGACCGCACCUGAGCAUUUGAGAAAUGAAAAUAACGAAAGAACAUCUGAAGGAGAUAUUUAUAGUUUUGGAAUAAUUUGCUCCGAAAUUCUGACGAGAUCUUCAGCGUUUGAUAUGGAAAAUCGGAAGGAGAAACCGGAUGUGAUAAUCUAUCAAGUAAAGAAAGGAGGUCACAAUCCGAUGAGACCAUCUCUGGAGACCAUGGAGAGUGUAGAAGUGAAUCCAGCAUUGCUCCAUCUAAUCCGCGACUGUUGGACAGAGAGGCCAUCUGAAAGACCGAACAUUGACCAAGUCCGUGGACAUUUGAAUAGCAUGAGAGAUUCGCGAAAAUCUAACUUGAUGGAUCACGUCUUCAAUAUGCUAGAAACCUAUGCACAGACUCUUGAAGAAGAAGUUUCAGACCGGACAAAAGAGUUGGUGGAAGAGAAAAAGAAAUCGGAUGUUCUAUUGUAUAGAAUGUUGCCAAAAAUGGUAGCAGACAAGCUAAAACUUGGCCAGGCUGUUGAACCCGAAACCUUUGAACAAGUCACAAUAUUCUUCUCAGAUGUUGUACAAUUUACCAAUCUAGCCGCCAAAUGUACACCGUUACAAGUGGUAGAAACGAUUGGAGACGGCUAUUUAUGCGUAUCCGGUUUGCCACAUCGGAAUGGAAAUGAACAUAUUCGACAUAUUGCGAAAAUGUCUCUUGGAUUCUUGACCAGCCUUAAGUUUUUUCGGGUUCAACAUUUACCUAAUGAACGCAUCAAUUUGAGGAUUGGUAUUAAUUGUGGAUCGGUGGUUGCUGGUGUUGUCGGAUUGACUAUGCCUAGGUAUUGCCUGUUUGGAGAUGCAGUGAACACAGCGAGUCGGAUGGAGAGUAAUGGAAAACCUGGCCAAAUCCACGUCACCGCCGAUGCCAAUCGAAUGCUUACUGAAGUUGUCGGUGGUUUCAGAACAGAAUCUCGUGGCGAAGUUUUAAUAAAAGGAAAAGGUGUAAUGGAAACCUAUUGGCUGCUGGGUGAGCAAUCUAGUGUCUCACAGAGAAAAAUUCAAACAUCGGAGUCCCCACGUCGUCCAUCAAUCCGGAGCAUAUCUCCGAUAAUUGAUCAAAAAUUGAUGGAAACUUCUGGAAAAGGUCUUUACUCGGAAUACAAAGACGUUAAUAAUGGAAAUGUAUAA